CCAAUUUUGUAUCAUCCGAUGAUAAUAUAUAUGGGCUUUUUGUAUAUGAUCCAUACUCUAAUUGUUUGUCUGGAUUCAAUUUUUUUUUUUGAAAAUUAUCAUGUCGCCAGAUGGCAUGAUCAAAGAUCGUAGAGAGAGAGAGAGAGAGGGGGUGAAUCCUGGAUCCAAGUUAAUGGGUGGGCGCUACACAAUUUGGGUAGAAAUAAUUCGAAUGUUUUUUUUGGAUCAAUGUUCCGCUACUACUUUUUAUUACUACUACUACUAUCGUAUAGUAGUGUGUUUGUUACCGAAUAAUGGAGCUCAUCAUCACCAUGCGAUUUUUUUUUUGUUAAUCUCAAAAUAACAAUCCUGAAUCAUCCAGGAUUUGAUUUGUAUUCAAAUCAAAUCAAAUCAAAUCAUAUAUUAUAUAUGAAGAAAAUGUGGCGAUUCGUAAAUUUUCGUUGGUUUAAUCAACAAAUCGAUAAUAAUGGAAAUAAUCGAUUACGAGAUUAUAUUCUCAUAUUAUCAUUUGCAUCAUUAUUAUAUUUGAAUAGUUUGGAUGCUGAUUUUGCAUAUGAUGAUAAUCGAGCCAUUCUAAAUAAUCAAGAUGUUCUAUCAACAACACCUUGGUAUCAUUUAUUUAUUAAUGAUUUCUGGGGUACACCAAUACAAUCUUCCAAUAGUCAUGGUAGUUAUCGACCAAUAACGGUUGUAUCGUUUCGUUUGAAUCAUAUGAUUCAUGGCCAUACACCAUUUGGUUUUCAUCUAGUCAAUCUUUUAUUACAUUUAAUUGUAACAUUAUUGUAUACAAUAUUCAUUGAACGAUUGCUCAAUGGUCGACGACAACGACGAAUUACAUUGAUUGCAUCAUUGUUAUUUGCAAGCCAUCCUAUUCAUGUUGAAUCGGUUACAAGUAUUGUUGGUCGUGCCGAUGUUGGUGCUGCAUUAUUCUAUCUAUUGGCAUUAUAUUUCUAUGUAAAAUUCGUUGAAUCCAAUAAUCAUGGACAAUGUAGAAAAUAUCUUUGCUAUACAAUUGUGAUGGCAACAUUUUCAAUGCUAACCAAAGAACAUGGAAUCACAUGUUUACUAUUAUGCAUUAUUUAUCAUCUAUUCAUUGUUCAUCAUUUUUUUCCAUUUAAUCGUCAAAAUUGGACGAAAAUAUUACGUCAACAAGAAUAUGGUCAAUUACGACGUGGUAUUCGUACCAUAUCCAUUGCAUUAAUAAUAAUGAUUAUAUUUCGUUUAUCGAUUCAUCGUUAUCGGCCAUCAUUUUCAUCGGCCGAUAAUCCAAUCAGUGAUAAUCCAUCUGUGAUGGUUCGAUUUUUAACAUUUCAUUAUUUACCUGUAUUCAAUUUUUGGCUACUUAUCUAUCCACAAUGGUUAAGUUUUGAUUGGUCUAUGGAUGCCAUACCAUUGAUUGUGUCUUGGUUUGAUCGUCGUAAUAUUUUUACAUUCAUCUUUUAUGCAAUAAUCAUCGAAUUUGCACGACGAACUUUGUAUUAUUAUUCCCUUGUAUCAUCACCAUCAUCAUCAUUAUCAAUUUCUGCUUCAAAUAACAAUAUUCGAAAACGAUCCAAUCAUCAAUGUAUUCGUUGUGACAAUUUUCAAAUCAAAAAUCUAUAUCAACAACAACAACUACCACAACCGUCAUUUGAAAUUGAUAGCAACAACAAUAAUGUUGGUGGAAUAAAUUACAAUCAUCAGCAAAAUCAACAACCAUUUGCCAUAUUCGAUUUGAAUAAUAAUGAUCCACAAAUGCCCAAUCAAAAUGAACCAAUAAUCGAUCUCAAUAAUAAUAAUAAUAAUAAUUUCGGACGAUCAUCAUUACCACCGCCCAAACAGACGAUAAUUUCACAAUCAACAACACAAUGCAAACAAUCAAAAUAUAAAUUGGUCAAAGGAAAAAAACUUAGCGAAAUUGAUUGUAUUGUAUUAUCAUUGGCAAUGAUGAUUGUACCAUUUUUACCGGCAACAAAUCUUUUCUUCUACAUUGGUUUCGUUGUUGCCGAACGUAUACUUUAUAUUCCUAGUUUUGGAUUCUGUUUGUUCAUUGCUGUUUGUGUGGAAAAAUUCAUUCAAUAUGUUCAACGAUAUCAUCUAAUCAAAUAUAUUAUCUACUUGUGUUAUUUAAUAUUGAUCAUUUCAUUUUCAAUUCGAACCAUAUUACGAAAUAUUGAUUGGUUAACCGAAGAAAAUUUGUACCGUUCAGGCAUAGUUAUCAAUCCACCCAAAGCUUAUGGAAAUCUGGCCAAUAUACUUAGCCAACAAGGUAGAAAUGAUGAAGCUGAACAAAUGUAUCGAAAAGCAUUGGAAUAUCGAAUCAAUAUGGCUGAUGUUCAUUAUAAUCUUGGAUUAUUAUUGCAAAAUGAACAACGAUAUAAUGAAGCCAUACAUUGUUAUCAACAAGCUAUCCGAUUUCGUCCACGUUUGGCAAUGGCUUAUCUGAAUAUUGGUGUUAUCUAUUCACGUUUAGGUGACAAAAAUCGUGCCAAACAAUUUUAUGAAAAAUGUUCACAAUUAGAUAAUUAUGGCCUUAAAGAUAUUCGUAAUCAUGAAAUCACGAGGAUUUCCGCAUUAUAUAACCUUGGCCAAUUAUUUUUGGAUGAUGAAAAUUAUAUUGAAGCAUUGAAAAUAUAUAGACAAGCUAUAUUUCAGAUUCCAUCAUAUUAUCAGCCACAUUCAUUAUACAAUAAAAUUGCUGAAGUUUAUAAUCGAAUGAAUCGUACAGCCGAUGCGGAAAUCUGGUUCCGUAAAUCAUUAACUAUAAAACAUGAUCAUAUACCAGCCUAUCUGACAUAUGCAAGGAUGUUGAUAAAAACAAAUCGAACAUUUGAAGCCGAACAAUUAUAUCGAAAAGCAAUGUUACUUUCAUCCAAUGAUACUGCCAUCUAUCAUCAUUAUGGUCAAUUUAAAUUCAAUAAUGGACAACUUAAAGAUGCAUUGGCCAUCUAUAUGAAAGGUUUUGAAUCAUUUCCAAAUGAUUGUGAUAUUGUUAUCAAUGUUGCAAAUAUUCUUCGUCAAUUACAACAGCCAAUAAAUGCAGAAAUCUAUUAUAAAUUGGCAACAAAAUUACGACCAAAUGAUUUGAUAACACAUUCAAAUCUGGGUGCCAUUUAUCAUUUAAAUGGUAAAUUUAAAUUGGCCAAACAAAGUUAUCAACGUGCAUUGGAAUUGAAACCAGAUGAUAAUAUAACAAAGAUCAAUUUAGCUAGAUUAGAUAGAAUAAUUAUUGCACAACAAAAAUCAUAAUAAUAAAUCCAAUUGCUGCCAAAUCAAGAUAAUAUAUAUGCCACUCCAUAGUUAGAUAUAAAUCUAUUUCAAACACACACACACACACGUAUUUGUAAUUAAUUGAUUGAUUGAUUGAUUGAUUGUAAAUCUUCCACACAUGCAAAAAAAAAUGAUAAUUAAACAAUUUGCAGUAAGCAAAAAAAAAAAUUCACCUUAUUAUUUAAUCAUUUCCAGAAUUUUGAUAUACACACAGCAGAAAAAUAAUAAAGAGGGAACCAUCAGAUACAUAU